UAGUUUAUCUAACUGAUGAUAAAGAUAAAGUAAAAAGCGGAUUGUUUAAAAAAAUGGUCGUAUCAUGUUUACGAAAAGAUUCAAAAAUAUAAUUUUACAUAUAUCAAAGUCAUCCCAAAUUCUCCAUUAAUUGCAGAAAAAGAAUUUCACAAAGUAAUUGAUAAAACAAAACCUAAAAUUGGAGGUGUCAUUAUAAUUAUGAUUGUACUUUCGAUAUUUUUCAAUAUGAGCAAUAAGUGGGUUAGAUGUAAACCUUUUCUUGGUUUUGCUAGUGUCAUAAAUGCUAGUUUGGCUGUUGCAUCGUCUUUUGGAUUACUAGCUGCAUCGGGUGUAGAAAGUACUUACUGGAAUGUCAUCAUUCCAUUUUUAAUUCUUGUGACCGAGAUAGACGAUGCUUUCGUAUUAAUAGGAUGUUGGAGGAUUUCUAAUCCUAAAUGUACAGUUGAGAGAUGCAUGGAAGCAACAUAUGAAGAAGCUGGAGUUUCCAUCACACUCACAUCACUCACUAAUUUUCUUUCGUAUUGCAUAGGAAUGAUGGCUCCAUUUCCUUUUAUUCGAAUAUUUAGUUAUUACACUGCAACUUGCAUAAUGUUCAAUUUCGUGUAUCAGAUAACGUUUUUUGGAGGAUGCUUGGCGUUGAGUGGAUAUAGAGAAGAAAAGGAUUUUCGUUCUAGAAAAUUUGUUAAAUGUGAACAAAAUGAAGUACAUCUUGAAGAGAAAAAUAACGCUGGAAAAGAAUUUACUAUGGUAUUUUUUAAAGAUUUCUUAGGAGAAAUACUUUCUGGUAUACUGGUGAAAAUAAUUAUUAUUAUAAUUUAUGUCAUUAAUUUGUCGUUUGGAAUUUGGGGAACAUUUCACAUUCAGCAUGGUAUUAAGUACGAAAAUUUAUUUCCAGAAGAUUCUGUAAUUACACAAGGACUUAAAACUAAUUUCAAGUACUUUACGCAUUUUUCAUAUCCUUUUCAGAUAAUUAUUAAUGAAACGUUGGAUUACUCGGAUAUAAAAGUACAAAAAUCGAUAGGAAAUCUGUUCAAUAAAUUCGAGAAACAUCCAAAUAUUGCUACAGAAGAAUUUACUGUGUCUUGGUUGAAAUUCUACAAAGAAUUUCAGAAAAGUCCCGUAGCAAAAUUCUCAUUGCAGGGUUACAAUAUGUCAAACAAGCAGGACUUCAUUAAUGGCCUUCGUGAUGUUUUCUUUAACAUCAAAGCUGCCCAAUCACUGUCUAAUGACGUCGUCUUUAACAGCAACGGAACUGACAUCUUAUACAGUAGAUUUUUUAUUAUUAGUAAAGAUUUAAAUUCUUCAUACUCAGAAAGAAAUACAUUAAGAGAUUUGAUGAAAAUCACUGACCAAUCCGACAUUCCUGUUCUAGUACAUUGUAUAAAAUCAGGGAUGAUUGAACAAGGGAUUAUUAUUGGACAAAUGAUUCACCAAUUAUUUUGGAUUACUGCUGUGCUAAUAACAGCGGUUUAUCUGCUGUUCGUACCGAACUUAUUAGUCGCAAUUAUUGUUGCAAUAUCAGUUGUUUCUUCAAUGGUAGAAACCUUAGGUUAUAUGUCUUUAUGGGGUGUCAACUUGGAUAUUAUAUCAAUGAUGAGUCUCAUUCUGUGUGUGGGUUUCAGUAUAAAUUAUCCUGCUCAUAUUUCGUAUGCUUAUAUCAUGUCACAAUGCAAAAUACCAAACGAGAAAUUAAAAGAUUCUCUGUAUCGUAUAGGCUUUCCAAUAUUCCAAGGAUCAUUGACCACAGGAUUAGUGAGUUUAACAAAAUACGUGUGGUGUCACCGACUGCAGCGACUUCCCUUCCAGAGUCCUUUGUGUUUCUCAGUUAGCUAUAAGUUUCAACUUUGA